CAGAGCAGGGAGAAGGAAGCAGAACAGAAGAGGGAGGAGAGAAGCCACACGGGAGUGGGUGACAAAGAAGACUAGAGGGCAGAUCUAGGGCAGAUCUAGGGCAGGGGGAGACCGAGGGAGGGCAGGCUGAGCAUCCAAGGGCGCCCCAAGAGCAGGGCCAGGGGCGGGGAGCAAAGGGGCGGGCCGGCCAUGUCCCACGGGACCUACUAUGAGUGCGAGCCCCGGGGAGGCCAGCCGCCACUGGAGUUCUCAGGGGGCCGAGCAGGGCCCGGGGAGCUGGGGGACAUGUGUGAGCAUGAGGCCUCCAUCGACCUCUCUGCAUACAUCGAGUCUGGGGAGGAGCAGCUGCUGUCCGACCUCUUUGCCAUGAAGCCAGCACCUGAGGCCCGAAGUCUUAAGGCCCCUGGGACCCCUGCCUUCCCUCACUACCUGCCGCCUGACCCCCGGCCCUUCGCCUACCCCCCGCACACCUUUGGCCCGGACAGGAAGGCGCUGGGGCCUGGCAUCUACAGCAGCCCAGGGAGCUACGACCCCAGAGCUGUGGCUGUGAAGGAGGAGCCCCGGGGGCCGGAGGGCAGCCGAGGUGCCAGCCGAGGCGGCUACAACCCCCUGCAGUACCAAGUGGCACACUGCGGGCAGACGGCCAUGCACCUGCCCCCGGCCCUGGCAGCACCCGGCCAGCCCCUUCGCGUCCUCAAGGCCCCUCUGGCCGCUGCUGGGGCCCCCUGUAGCCCCCUCCUCAAGGCGCCCUCCCCAGCCGGCCCCUCGCACAAAGGCAAGAAGGCGGUGAAUAAAGACAGCCUGGAGUACCGGCUGCGGCGCGAGCGCAACAACAUCGCCGUGCGCAAGAGCCGGGACAAGGCCAAGCGGCGCAUCCUGGAGACGCAGCAGAAGGUGCUGGAAUACAUGGCCGAGAACGAGCGUCUGCGCAGCCGCGUGGAGCAGCUCACGCAGGAGCUGGAUACCCUCCGCAACCUCUUCCGCCAGAUCCCCGAGGCUGCCAACCUCAUCAAGGGCGUGGGGGGCUGCAGCUGAGCCUGGCUGGUGGACUGUGGGCCCCGGGCCCCUGGCCGAGCCUGAGACAUAGACUAUGGACAAGGGUGGCCGGGGGUUAGGGAGGGCAGGAACCGUGAGGAUUGCGUGGCUGAAUAAACUGCACUCCGGCUUGG